AUGUUCGACGGGUUCAACCACCCGGGUUUUGAAAUUGGGCGGGCGCCCGACCCGGAAAGCCAUUCCAAUUGUGCCCGGUUUCUCGAAGAGUUCGUCGAGCUCAAGUCUAUGCGGGCCGUGGAUUAUCUUGUUCGGGGGCCCGGCUCCGAAUUUGCGGCGUUUAGUCGCGCAAAGUAUAUGAGGCUGGUGCACCCGAAAAUGGAAGCGUCAUUUUUCGGGGACACGAGCCUGCGGAGGCUUGUUGAGUCGGGAGACGGUAUUCCGGAUUCGCCAUUUUUUGCAGCGUUCGGGGACAUGGCGAAGCGAGUUUGGCUUCUGCAUUGCUUGGGUCCGGCGUUUGAUCCAACUCUUUGUUGCGGGGAAGGGAAGCCAUUUUUCGGAGGUGUAUAUGGAGAGGAGGUGUAUAUGGAGAGUGUGUACGGCGACGAGGUGGUGAUGAUGACUGCGGAGCCGCAGGUGGCGUUCGUAGACUUGCUCAAACGGUUCAAACCGCCGAUUACGGUUUGUCAAAAUAUCAAACCGAAAUCGAACCUUCGAAUGACGGUUUCAGUUACGAUUUGA